GACUAGUUCAAGCGCAACACCCUACCAUGUCUAAGCUCACCGUUAUCGCCUUCGGCCGCGUAAAGGCUGGUCAUGAAGCUGGGCUCGCAGAAGCGCUCAAAGCAGGGCAGGCAAAAUCACUUCAGGAACCCGGGACGGAGGUGUACAAAGUGCAUAUCUCCCCGGAUGACCCGCGGGAGUUCGGUUUUUACGAGGUCUAUGUGGAUGAUGCCGCGUUCGAUGCGCAUGAGAAGGGUGAAGGGUUGGCGACUGUCGUGGCGUUCGUGAAGGACAAGCUUGAAGGGGAGUUGAUUAUCAAGAAAUUCAGGGAACUGUAACGGAACGGCGCAAAGAAACAGUGGACGGUCGGUGAGGGUGAUGAACGGCUUGGAGUUGUUGUGUUGGCAUGUAUUUUACGAUGACCAGUGGAGAUCAACGGCCCC